GAAGUGGCCAGACCUGGCAGUGCGAGCGCGGGCGACCGCGACGGCUGGUGUGUAGGAAACCUUGGGGUGAGCAUGCCCGUGGAAGGGAAGUCCAAACGGAGGAAAAAGGGAGGUGCGGUGGAAGGGGACCACCCGGACGGCGGCGUCGGCGGGAAUCUGACAGGAGACUAUGUGGUUGGACAAGUCUCCGGCAGCUUGUUCCAGGGCCGGCGGCCCUCCAGAGACCGCGCGGCUCGGCUGGCGUCCCUCUUCAGCUCCUCGGAGCCUCCGCUGCAGCCCGUGUAUGUGCCGGUGCCUAAAGAGAACACCGGGAAAAGGAAACGGGAUGAGGAGGAAGAAAGGACAUCCCGAAUUCAGAGACCACUCUUGGAAGGACUUUCAAACAACAUGAAAGCGAAGAAGAAACUUUCUGACGCAGAUAAAAGGGUGGCCAGCAGGGAAAAUGCUCUAGCAAGUGCUGAUUUAGAAGAAGAAAUUCAUCAAAAACAGGAACAAAAAAAGAGUAAUUCUCAAUCUGGUAUUAAAGUAGCAGAUAAAAAAGUACUUGAUGAUGUAGAUCACGCAGUUGUAAAUCAAAGGAAGAAAAUUGAAAUCAACCAAGAGGAGGAGAGAUUAAAGAAUGAGAGAACUGUGUUUGUUGGGAAUUUGCCUGUCACAUGUAACAAGAAGAAGCUGAAGUCAUUUUUCAGAGAAUAUGGACAAAUAGAAUCUGUACGAUUUCGUUCUCUGAUUCCAGCGGAGGGAACUUUGACCAAAAAGUUGGCAGCAAUAAAACGUAAAAUUCAUCCUGAUCAGAAAAAUAUUAAUGCUUAUGUAGUGUUUAAGGACGAGAGCGCUGCUACAAAAGCAUUGAAAAGAAAUGGCGCCCUAAUCGCAGAUGGAUUUCGGAUUAGAGUUGACCUUGCAUCCGAGACUUCAUCUAGAGACAAGAGAUCAGUGUUUGUGGGGAAUCUCCCAUACAAAAUUGAAGAAUCUGCAGUUGAGGAACACUUUUUGGACUGUGGGAGUAUUGUGGCAGUAAGGAUUGUGAGAGACCGAGUUACUGGAGUCGGCAGAGGGUUCGGCUAUGUGCUCUUUGAGAAUACAGAUGCUGUUCAUCUUGCUCUGAAAUUAAAUAAUUCUGAACUGAUGGGAAGAAAACUCAGAGUCAUGCGCUCUGUUAAUAAAGAAAAAUUAAAAUCAAAUUUAAAUCCCGGCUUGAAGAAUGUCAGUAAACCUAAUAAGCAGGGACUUAAUUUUGCUUCAAAAAAUGUCGGACCUUCUAAAAGUUUGUUUAUUGGAGAAAAAGCUGUUCUUAUUAAGAAGAAAAAGAAAGGACAAAAGAAAAGUGGACAAGCUAAGAAACAGAAAAAACAGAAGUAACCACCUGAAGAUUAUUUUGUUCCUACUGAGUACUGGUAAUAAAUUGUGAUAAAACCAUGAA